GCCGUCGCUAUUCAUCGCGGAGACUCCAACGUGAAGGGCACCGUGACCUUCGAACGGACCUCCGGUAAAGCGGCGAGAGCACCAUCACAUGAGACAUCACUGGCAAUAAUCCCAACACCGAGCGCGAUGAUCCACGCCUUUGGUGACAACACCAACGGAUGCACCGGCGCUGGUCCUCACUUCAACGCAUCGUACCUCGCAUGGUGUCUCCGAUCCAAGCAGCGAUGCCAAUGA